AAGCCUAUAAAAGACGGGGGACAUCCAGUCACCGUACGACUGGUAUUCUAACAAGGACCCAUCAGACACCAUGAAUACUCUUACCUGCUUGGUUUUGGCAGCAUGUGUGGCCCUCGCGGUCAGCGAACCUUGCACCGAUGCUAACUCAUGCACGGACACGACUUGUAAUACAGGAACGAAAGAAUGUGUCGCAAUUCAAGGUCAGCACCUGUGCACCUGUGUUCACAGCAACCAACACAACGUCGCCUGUACCGCCGUCGGCGACUGCACCACUGAUAGGAUAAGCUGUAACCAACACGGUCCUAACACACCGGUACACUGUGUGGACAGCUUUUGUAGGUGUGAGGGGCAAGGCCACAACCAUGGCAACCAUCAUCCUCCUGGGGGACACCAACCAGCCGCCGCAGGACAACACCACAACAACUAGGGUACAUACUCAACACCACAACUAAGGUACAUACUCAACACCACCACAACUAAGGUACAUACUCACAACCGCAACUAGGGUACAUUCUCAACACCACCACAACUAGGGUACAUAUUCAGCACCACCACAACUAGGGUACUUACUCAACACCACAACUAAGGAACAUACUCAACACCACCACAACUAAGGUACAUACUCACCACCGCAACUAGGGUA